AUGGCCACACCACCAAGGAGCCUCGGCAAGAAAAAGAGCGGCCACAUCCUGAACAGCGAUUCACGCAACAUGAUCUUCCACUGCUACACGUACUGGCGCGCCAGGGAGCCUGAACACAGUGUGGAGGACACGAGCAAGUUUGUCACCGACAUGAUCGGUGUCGGCGAAAGGACUUUGUUCAGGGUGAGGGAGGAAGCUAAAGCUUCGCAUUUUUCGGGUGGCAAACUGACGACGCCCUCGCGAAAGCGCCCACGCAAUGCGGAGAAGAGAAGACGCAGCGCAAAGUUUGACAGCUGCACGUUGUGCGCGCUGAGGUCAUGUGUGCACGAUUUCUUUCGCUGCAACGAGAUACCGACGGUCGAGAAGAUAACUGCCGAGUUCUCGGAGCGUAUGGAACUCCCAUCACUAAGGCGGUGUACUGUGCGUCGCCUGCUUGCCGAGAUCGGCUUCAAGCACGAAAAGAGAAGCCGCAACUCGCUGGUUAUCGACCGGGAUGACAUCACCAAUUGGCGGAAUCGCUACCUCCGUGACGUGGAACACUACCGGGCGGAAGGCCGAAAGAUCUUCUACCUGGACGAGACAUGGGUGAUAGCGGAACGCACUCGGUCCAUCGUGUGGACAGACACCGUGGUGCAGGAGCGCGGACGCCUGUUCGCUCGAGCAAAUAGCCUGACGAUGGGUCUAAAACAACCUUGUGGGAAAGGUCAGCGCCUGAUCGCGACGCACAUCGGCAGCUAG